GUGGGGCGGGUUUGCUGCGACACCGAGGGCGGCAGGCUGAAUGCACAGUCGCUGCUGCUGGAGGGCAGCCAGAAGACGAGCCAGGGUGCCCGCGCAAGGCUGGAUGUCAGCCACUGCCCGACCAAUCGCCUCUUCCCUGGCCAGGUGGUGGCCAUGCUGGGCACCAACCCCAGCGGCCACUGCAUCGUGGCAAGCCAGCUACUGCCGGGUGCGGCUGCAGCACCACUGCCAUGCACCAGCCUGGAGCAGCUGGCCACCUAUGCGACGGCCACGGGGGCGCGUGGGGUGUUGGUGGUGGCGGCAGCAGGGCCGUUCACCUCGAGCGAGGACCUGGAAUAUGCGCCGCUGGGCGCACUGCUGGACUACUGCGCCGGCGCAAAGCCCGACGUCCUGCUGCUGGUGGGCCCUUUUGUGGAUGAGGAGCACCCGCUGGUGCGGGGCGGGCUGUUGGAGGAGACGUUUGAUGACAUCUAUGCCUCACGGGUGCUGGGCCAGAUCAGCCGGUUCAGCAAGCGGGUGGGCGGAUGCACGCAGGUGCUGCUGGUGCCAUCGACCCGGGAUGUGCAUCACCACCCGGUGCUGCCACAGCCGCCGCUAGAUGAGCUUCAGGCGGCAGCGCAGAGCGCCACCGCACUGGCCAACCCUGUUACGCUGCGCUGCAACGAGGCAGUGGUCGGCGUUGGGGCCGCCGACUGGCUGAUGGCGUGUAUCAGGGAGGAAAUGCCGCUCAGUGUGGCAGCAAAUGAGCGCCUGACAGCGCUGGCAGCACAUCUGCCGGCCCAGAGCAGCUACUUCCCAAUCUUCCCACCACCACUGGGCACGCCGCUGGACUGCAGCAAGGCAGGGGCGGCGCUGGACAUGCCCUAUGCCCCAGACCUGCUGCUGCUGCCCUCCGACCUCGCGCCCUUUGCCAAGCUCUGCCCCCUGCACCAA